AUGUGCAGUGAAGUCUUGCUAAAGAAGUUCACCGUUGAAUCGAUCGACAAGAUCGGUCUGUCAGGUAUCAUGAUUUCGUAUGCUCAUAUGGAUCAUUAUGGUAGCCUCCGCGACCUCGAUGCCUCACUACCAGUCUUUGUGGGCCCUGAAACCAUGGACUGGAUCGGUGGAGGUGAAGAUGCAGCCCCGAAGGGCGAGAAAGAGUUGAUGACGUUCUCGACCAGCUUCCUCAAAGACUGUACGUUUAUCGAGACGGAUUGCAUCAGAAGCAGCAAAAUAGACGAAAGGAUCAAGACCCGGAUCAAGGACAUCAAAGCUGGGCCAUUCGAUAAAGCUAGGGAUUUCUUCGGCGAUGGUAGUCAUUGCCAAGGUCAUAUGGUGCUAUCUGCCAAAACUACUUAUGGACCCAAUCCCACCUAUGUGCUGUCAUCAGGAGACGCGGCCCACCAGCAGGCGCUCUACCACAUACUCCCGCCCCCUCUGCAGCUCAACACUGAAACCUUCGGCUUUUCACCUGCGAAGUACGACCAUUUGUAUUCCGCCGAAAUUGAUCGAUGUGCCACGCCCGACUAUUUUGACCGCACCAGCACAGAGGCCAUUACGGACCGCGCCAUCCUGAUUGGCAAGGUUUCGUGCACGCAAACUUUUCCAGACAAGGCAAUACGGACGCUUGCGGCGCUAUGUUGCAUGAAGGCGUACUCCGAUGUCAUGGUCGUUCUCGCCCACGAGACCGACUCUGUCAAAGCGACUGAUCUAAAAGAAAGCGCCGGGCUCGUUGUCGACGACUGGCAGAGAAAAGGCUACAAGGAUGCCAAGAUUGAGUCGGAUAAGCAGGCCAGGCAUCCUCUGGCAACCGUUUCAGGCGAGUGA